AUGGACCUACCGGCAGGGGAUUCGGAGCGUCCCUGGCCGCCGGCGGUGGCCGUCGGCGCCACCACCGCCGCCUACUGGCUGAACUGGAGGGUUCUGGUCUGCGCCUUCUGGAUCCUCUCCUCUGUGACCGUGGCAGCCAUCUCCAUCUCCCGAUCCGAAGCCCGCUCCAGCGGAGAAGAAGAGAGAGAGAGAGAAGAGCGAGAACAAGAUGAACCUCGGGGGCCCCUCCUCUACGAGGAGGACACCUGGAGGCCAUGUCUGGAGAAGAUCCAUCCCGCCUGGUUGCUGGGUUUCAGGGUUUUGGCUUUCUCCGUCCUCUCAGCGCUCCUCGUCGUCAACCUCGUGGCGCAGGGAGGAGAGAUGUUCUACUUCUACACCCAGUAAGCAAACCACUGGUUUUCUUCCAGUUUUAUUAAUUAUUUUCUCCCCCCUCCAAAAAAAAAAAAUCAAUCUUUCGUAUUCCAAGCAAAGUUUCAUUGAGCAGAUAUAUUUAAUUUUGAAUAAUGAUAAUAACAAUACUUCAUGGUUGAACUUAUCGAAUUAAUUUGAAAUGGGGCUAGAUUUUUCUUGGAUUUUGUUCAUAAAUUUUUACUUGUGUUAGGAUAUAUUUAUCCGAAGUUGAAUGGAAUUUUUAUAUCCCCAUAAAAUUGAAGAAAUUAAGAUCUAGCCCCCCUACGUAGCAUGAAUCCUUUUGCGCGCCGUUGACUGACGUGAUCCUGGCUGUUCAACAGGUGGACAUUUGCGCUAGUAACUCUUUAUUUCGGGGUAAGUCGAUAAUAUUUUAAAACAUUUAUUUAUUUAUUUAUUUUUCUCUUGCGAUAGUCCUAAAAAUACUAGAUUUUUGCAGAUCGGGUCUCUCUUAUCCUGCUAUGGGUGCCGUAAACUCCUCGGUCAACCCGAGUGCAAGAGGCCACGUGGCACGCACCCAGAUGCGGAGAAUCCAAUGUAUGCCGCUCCAACAAGUCUGGAGAAUGAGAAAAUAUAUCCAAUGAUGGAGAGAUGCGACUCCGAAGAGGAAAAUCUUGCAAGCCCACUCGCUGGAUUCUGGGCCCACACCUUCCAAAUAAUUUUCCAGGUAAAUUAAGCAAAUCUAGGUGCUAUUACUUUGAAAUAUUUUAUGUUUCGAAGGUUGGAAAAAUGGGUCUUUUAAACGAGUUAGGAAUCGAUGGGUGGUUGGUGACCUGGCAAUAAGAAUGGCCUGCCACGUGGCAGUCCACGUGGCAACUCAUCUCUCUCCUUUGAGCCAACAUCGUCAUGUAUGUCAACAGGUGAGUGGCGGCGCCGUGAUGCUGACGGACUGCGUCUUCUGGCUGGUCAUCGUCCCGUUUCUCACCGCGAAAGAUUACAGUCUAGAUUUCGUAAGUGUCCUUCCCAAACUCGAUCUCCGGAAUCGGAUUCCUCUCUCUCUCUCUCUCUCUCUCUCUCUCUCUCUCUCUCUCUCUCUCUCUCUCUCUCUCUCUCUCUCUCUCUCUCUCUCUCUCUCUCUCUUUCUUCCUCCUUUUCCUGUUUGAAAAUUCCCCGGCGUUGACAACGUUUUAUCCAAGAUUCUUCUAGAAACAUCGAUUAAGAUAAUAAAUAAUUUUUUAGAAAAUGUUGAGAGAAAACCAGACCGAGAUGGGGGGCAGGCUGUGGCCCCUCUAAAUAUGCAUACGGUAUUAUUUUUUUUGAAACGUUUGGUGUAUUAUCCACAUUAAAUGCCCAUGUAAUCAAUAUCCCUAUUGGGUUCUAAUGAUAGUAAUUAUCCGUCUAAUUAUAGUAUUUUUAUUUAUUUAUUUAUUUCGUGUCAGUUUAUGAGCGGCAUGCACUCUAUGAAUGCCAUCUUCCUGCUGGGAGACACCGCCUUGAACUCUCUGGUAGGUCUCAACCUUUCUCUUUUAAGUCAAUAUUGCCCAAUUCAGUCGACGACUAAAUGGGCCGGUAAGACCAGCCCAAUACAUAUGCGGCCCAGUUAGGGCUUUGGGCAGUAAGCUUACCCCCUUCGUUCGUCUGCCAGAGAUUCCCAUGGUUUCGGAUCUCAUACUUUGUGCUGUUCACGGCGGUCUACGUCAUUUUCCAGUGGGUCAUACAUGCUUCUACACCAAUUUGGUAAAUUUUCAGGGCACCCACCACCUUUUACAUUGACUCAUCAGCGUAUAGUAUAUAUACAUAUAUAUAUAUAUGACUAUAUAUACAAUACAUAUCUAUACUAUAUAUACGUAAUGAUCUGAUGGUUUUUGGUUUUGCUCAUGCAGGUGGCCUUACCCAUUCCUAGACUUGUCUUCGCCGUACGCUCCAUUAUGGUAGUAAUUUCCACUUAUUAAUCUUGUUUCUUUAAUCUUUGGAUGAUUAUCACUUAUGUACAUGCGUUGACUUCCAUUGACAAGCUUCUAGUUCUUGCCCCCCCCCACCCUCUCUCUCUCUCUCUCUCUCUCUCUCUCUCUCUCUCUCUCUCUAAAUAUAUAUAUAUAGAUAGAUAAAUUUGUGAGUAUCUUAACAGUAUGGUAGGCCUAAGCAAAGAUCAAUAAAAUUUAAUGGGAAUCCAACUGGGUCUUGCAGGUACUUCUCAGUGGGAGUGAUGCACGUUCCUUGCUUCGCCAUCUUUCCCCUACUAAUCAAGGCGAAGCAUCUGCUGCUGUCCAGAUGGUUCCCUCAGUCUUACCAGUUACGGAAAUAUUGA